GGUCACCCUUUGAACUUGUCCUGGGACUAUAAAAACCCACGGCUCAUUGGAGAACACACCAUCAGGUCUAAGAACCCCUGGACGUAAGGCAACUCUCACCCAACGUGCAACCAUGAAGUUCUCCCUCAUCGCCGUCCUUGUUGUUGCUCUGGCCAUUGGCUCUGAGUCAGUAUCUCUGGUCAAGAGAGACGCUCCUGCUGAGCUGGACAAGAUCGCCAAGUAUUUCCAGGACCUCGUGGACAAUCUGAAGAACGUUGAGGGCCCUGAGCUGGCCAACAAGGCCAACGCUUACCUCGAGCAGAGCAGAGCCCAGUUCCAGCCCAUGGUUGAGAAGCUCCAGGAGCAGUUGAAGCCCCUCUCCAGCAACAUCGAAGACCACAUCAAGCCUCUGGCCGCCUCCGUCCAGGCUCAGGUCGCCCCGCUGGCCGGCAUGGUCCAAACCCACGUUGAAGACGUCCUCAAGUUUGUGGCUGAGAAGACCAAAGCCAUCCUGCCGCCCCAGUAAACCCACAGAAUCACCAAUGCUUAGUUUUCUUCCAUUUUGGUCUCCUUAUGUAUAUUUAAAAUAAUAAAAGGGAUUUAAAUGUCACAAUGCUUUGUAUCUCUCCCUUCCAUUUUCUCACAAACUGUGUUUUUUUCCCGUGCACAUCUCACAUGUAUUAAAUGAAGUAGCCAUUUUGUUUGUAGGGCUUCCCUAAAAUGUAGGGAAUGCUCUCUUCAUGUAUGAAAUAAUAAAAACAACUAAAAAGUGA